AAGGCCUGCUAAUCCUCUUAGGGAUAAACGAGAUGUCUUUAACUGGCCAGGGAUAGGGAUUUGGUUGUUAUUGAAAUGUUAGGCGCGCAAAGACCGGGUGUGUCGCUGUAUCUUUAUCAUCGAACCAUUCGGUUUUGAUGCAUGGUGACUUUUAGAAACUCUUUAUCAUUUUUUCAUCCAAACAUUUCCCAAGUUUUCCUCAUGCCGUCUGUUCGCGUUAAUCCGCCCUCCUUAGUCUUUAACAUAUUGUUCCGUACUCAGGCGUUUUCAUGAGUUUAAAAUCUUCGGUUGAACUUUCGAAUCAGUAAGAUGGAUUUCCAUGCUGCAAUGGAAACCUUCGCAGAAGCAUGGGUGGCUGCAAACACCCCGACAGCUGUCAAUACAAAUGAGAUUCCACAGGUUGCACCCACAGAGGAAAUUCCUUCACAAAUUCAGAUGGAGCAGAAAAUCAAAAAGAGGAGCAGUUCCAAUUCCCCUGGCCAGGGGCUAACCACAGCCGGUGCUACUGGAGUGAAAUCUUUACCAAUCCAUUGUGUCAUUGAACAAACAAGUGGACCUUUGACCUUUGAACCAGAGAAUACUGCCACUUACAGCGUAGAGCUGGACACAUAUGCUAUACUGCCUUGUACUACCCUGUUUUCAGAACUUGUACGCACAGCACUCAUCAAACUUGGUUACAAUGCAAAUGAGGCAAUGAAUGCAAAAGGUGCUAUUCAAAUCAAGAACUGGAAGCCCCUGAAUUUUGAGUCCAUUACAGAUGACAACAAGUCCACUGUAGAGGACAUCUUAGGCGACUUGACCCAGACAGCUAAACUUCGAAUUCGACUCUGCAGCACAGCCAAACUCAGUUCCACAGAUGAAAUCAAAGGGAAAUUACUCCAGCUGCUCUUGACUCAAUCUCAAGGCAUUCUGAUGAGUUCAGGUUGUCCCAUUGAAAAAGAUCUGCUGGCAUCUUUAAGUAAAGGGGACAGCUUUUCGCAUCUUCCUCCAGAAAUCAGAAAGUCAUUUGAUAAAUGGUACCAAGACUUGCAGAAGCACAGCGAGGAGGCCAGGCAUUCAAAUGCCUCUACACCAGAAAAGAACCCCUCCCCCCCUCCUAGGGAACCGCAGAGCUUUUUAACAAGCCAUGCCCCUCUGCAUGGUAAAACAAGAAUGAGAACCUCUUUUGACCCAGAGCAUGAAAUUCCCCGCUUGCAAAAAUGGUUUUCUGAAAACCAGCACCCCCCUAGAGAGGUGAUGAUAAAAUACCUUGAGGAACUGAAUUCAUUAGAUUCCAGGAAAGGACGAAGACCUCUAGAUCUCACCAAUAUCAUUUACUGGUUUAAAAAUGCAAGAGCUGCACAUAGGAGGGCUUCAAAAUGCUUUGAUGGUGACACAUCCUUUGAAGGUGAUGAGGUUACAGAAGAGAGUACUAAUGCUCCAGAUAAUGGUUGUUUUAUGAGCACCAGGGGCCUUCCGUACAUGUUACCUUAUCCGUUCCAGGGUAUUUAUAGUUCCCAUGAUAUUUUAGGAGAUGCUCUGAAAGAACCAUGUGAUCUCUCCAAGGCAGGUCAAAGAGCAAGGAUGAACCUUUUAAAGAAAGAAGGUGAAGUAGAUAUUGCAAGUAAGCCUGAUGUUGAGAAAUUAAGAAUUGAAUCAUCAAAAAGCUCUGAUGCAGAAAUGGACAAGUCUGAUGAUGACAAAAGCAAUGAGGGGCAUGGAAUCUCAGUUAAAAAAGAGAGUGCUUCAAUAUCUGAUGAUGAAAAGACUCCAGAGGUGGGAGAUGCACCGUAUCUGCCAAACAGAAAUGCUGUGUAUAUUCUGCCUCAUCAAUAUGGCCAGUAUAAAAAUAGCCAUGAUGAUGAUGAUGAACCCAGGGAACCUUGUGACUUGUCAAAUUCUAAUAAAUCUAGUCAAGGAAAGAAGGAAAUACUGGACACAGCUAACAAUAACAGAAAGCGAAAGAGUGUCUCAGAUGAUGAACAGGAGAAAGAAAACUCUAAUGGCAAGGCAGACUCAGUUAACAGGUACAAUACUGAGAGACAGAGGUCUUCACAGGAUUAUCCAAAUCACUCCAGACGCUCAAGCAAUGGCAAUUCGGAGGUAUUCAACUCAGGAUCUGAUGAUGAUGAAAUGGAGUCGGAUAUAGACGACAGCCAAUCCUACGCAGGGUCAGAAUCUAGUCAUGAAACGAAAGAUGGUGCCCCAAUAAGGGAGGCACACAUGGGCAGUUACAACACAAGUACUCUUUCACGACUGCAACACAGUGCAGCAGGAUUACACCAACCACUUCACAUUCCCCAUUUUCCUCAUCCCUUGGCCAUGACUUAUUUUCCCAUGAACAGUCAUUUUCUACAGCAAACAACGAGGUAUCAGCAACAGCAGAACUCACAAGCCAUGUCUAGUGAUGAAUCUCCUACCGAUCACCACAUCAAGUCAGACAGCCUCAGUUCCUCUCACCGCAAGCGCAGAACACGAGUCUUCAUAGAUCCCAUGUCCGAGAUACCCAAGCUAGAGAAGUGGUUUGCAGAAGAUACCCAUCCAUCAUCAUAUAUGAUAGACAAAUACUGUGAAGAACUGAACAAGUCAGAGUAUCGCCAAAAGUUUCCCAAGUUGGAAGCCAAAAAUGUACAACUGUGGUUCAAAAAUCAUAGGGCCAAAGUGAAGCGAAUGCGAGUCUCUUCUGUUGAUUUACAUGGUAUGGAGUAUUGAGUCAAGAAAUGUUAAAUUAUUUUGUGCACAUUUUACCACUUUAUAUUAAGGUCUACACUUGUGAAUUAUAUAAGUACACCUAUUUUUGUAUGUCUUCUUGAAUUGCUAUAUUUAAAUUUUCUCAAGAACCAAGAUGAAAACAUGUGUACAUGUACUGUACAAGAUUAAUAUUAUCUAAUGAAAGCCUGUUAAUUUCUUUAAAAAGAAAAACAUAUUUUGAUAAACAUAUCAAGUACCUCUGUAAAUGUCAGAUUAACAUUUAAGCUGAUGAUCUGUUGUUUUAGUUGUUUAUGUAGUAGAGUGAGAGAGGGGACAGGUUGAGAAAAAUUGUUAUUGUACUAUUGAAUUGUCAGGUUGUAUGUUUUUCGUACUGGUAAUGUCAGAGAUAUUAUUCUACGCCUCAUAUUCUGGGAUUAUUUACAAUUCUCACGUAACUACAGCAUAAUUAUUUUUCAGAUUAAAAUGUUCAUAUUUUACAAUGAGUACAUUGUAAAAAGGUUAAUUUAUAGAUCCUUUUUAAGUUUUUUUUUCAUUGAUGUACUUUUAUUAUAUAUAGUUUACACAUUUGUUCUUUGUGGUUGAAGGUGCUAUUUGAAAAAAAAUAUG